CUGCGCUCCCAUCUCUAUACUCAACUCCCCCCUCUCCCCCCUCUCCCUCCUCCCACCACAUCACCAUGGCCUCAACCGAUGACCUCAAGGCCCACGCGGCCUCCAACCAAGACUUCUACGCCCUCUUCGACAUCUCCCCCGCCGCCGCCGAGUCCGAAAUCCGCCGCGCCUACCGUCGAACCGCCCUCAAGUACCACCCCGACAAGAUUGCCAACCCCACCCCCGCCGACAUCGACAAGUUCCACGUGCUCCAGAUUGCCUACGAUGUGCUGUCCGACCCCGCCGUGCGCCAGCUCUACGACAAUGCGCGCGAGGCCCGCGAGCGCAAGAAGCGCGAGCGCGAUUUGAUGGAUGCGGCGAAGAGGAAGAUGCGCGAGGAUCUGGAGGCCCGCGAGCGCGCCGGUGCCGCUGCCAUGGGUGCUCAGCCGCAACGCGGCGUGAAACGGUCCUGGAUGGGCGCGGAGGCCGGUGGCGAUGACGAUGCGGAGGCAAAGCUGCAGAGGGAGAUUGAUCGCAUCGCGGAGGACGGGCGGCGGCGACGACGUGAGGCGGAGGACCGGCUUAAGCGUGACAUGGAGGAGGAAGAGAAGAUCAUGCGCCAGGAAGAAGAGGAGGCGCAACGCGCCGCGGAUAGGAGCAGCCAGAAGGUGGAUCGCUCGCAAGACGGCGGCACGAAUGUUCCGGAGCUGGAACGCGGUGUCAAGGUGCGCUGGGUGCGUGAAGGCCGCGGAUGGGACUUGGAUAAGGAUCGUCUGAUGUCGCUGUUCGGGUCGUUUGGGAAGAUCGAGAAUGUGCUGGUUCUCAAGGACAAGCGACAGCGACUGGGGGAUCACCGCGAGAAGAAGACCGUCGCGACGGGCGUGGUGAUCUUCGCUUCCAUCGUCAGUGCCCACGCCGCCGUCCUGGACAGUGAGAAGAAACGCCAGAGUGCCGGGGCCAGCAGCGACAGUGACUGGUCGGCUGUUGAAUCGGUCUUCUGGGCAUCAGGCAGUCAGCCCGAUCUGGGCGCGCAGGCAAACGGCGCAUCUACACCUCCCGAGCAGAGCACUGCGGCACCGAAGACCACUGCCCCUUCGAGACCGUCCUUCAAUUUCGCCGGGUUGAAGGCAGGAUCUGGCGACGCCAGCAAGAAGCCCAGAAAGGCACCCUCCUUCGGCUCCUUCGCUGCGGCGGCUGCAAACUCGGCGAAACCUGCGCCGUCUGCUGGGCCUGCGAAUGGGUCGAGCACCCCAAGCAUGGAGGAGCUGACCCUGAUGCGGUUGAGAAACGCACAGCGAGAGAAGGAACGCAAGGCCCUGGAAGAGCAGCUGAGACGAGAAGACGAAGCGGCAGAUGCCGCCGAGGCUGCCGCGGCCGAGGCACAGAGCUGAGGGCGAUCCAUGAGUGACCGAGAAUGACUUGUCGUGUACAGUAUAGAUAGUAGUAGACUUUUCCAUAGCAUAGAG